AUGGCCCCCAAGAAGAAGACAGAAGAAGUUGGAGAGAAAAGGCAGCGUGAGGACCAGGAACCGACGAGUGAGGACAAGAAGGAGGAGAUCAAUGGCAAGGACGAUGAGCAUGAGCCAGCAAGCAAGCGACAGGACGUUGACGAGCAGCCCAAGGAGAUCCUGGAGGAAGGCCGAAUCUACUUCCUGUACAGGCCUCGAGUGGGGCUGGAGGAGGCGCACAGCCUUUCAGAUGUGCAGCGCUUCUUCAUCAUCAUGAGCCCCACCUCGCGCAAGGAUGCCCCCAACCGCUUGAUCCCCAUCGGCAAGAAGCGGCUGCCGGACCCUGCAAAGCGCGAACGCUUCUUUGGAUUCGUACAGGCCACAGACAACAAGAUGGACACCCUCAUGGCAGGUCUGGAAGCAAAGGAGUAUGAGACAAAGACGCGGGGCACGCGGCGCAUUGAAGCAGCUCGUGCACUGGGCGAAGGUGUGUACAAGAUAUAUGAUCAUGGCAGGGACUCGAGGCUGGCGUAUGAGCUGGAGGUGCCCCAGGAGCCAGGCGAUGUGCAGGAGGACUUCAGAAUCAAGAAGACCGGCAGCUACAUCAUCAGUGUCAAGAACCCCGAGGCGGCCAACCCGCCAAACGCAGGCCUGGGCAAGAACCAGAAGGCAGACUACCCAAAAGACAAGAAGAAGGAGUUUGACGGGGCGCCGGGCGGCUACUCAUGGAUUUCUGCCAAGGACCCCUCCCUGCUCGACUUCAACGGCUGCGAACUUGUCCUCAUUGCCACGCAUGCAGACAUUAGUGGAGAGCUGGAUGGAAAAGUGGAGAAGGCGCUGGAUGAGGCUGUGGAGCAUGAAGUGGAGGAGGCAGAGCACUUCGAGGGCAAUGAUGAGGAUGCCAAGCUGCUUGAGAAGCUGCGGUCAGAGCUGCAUGCUGAGAAGCAUGAUGUGCCCGUAGAGCCUGCCGCAGAUGGUGACUGGAAGUGA